ACUCUUCUCCCUACAACGCCACCUCGGGGGCUCGUGCACGUCCAGGUCCUCACCAUGGAGUUGGCCAACGCUCACCUGAAUCUGAAGACGCUGCUGCUGACCAUGAUGAUGUUUAAAUGGGGAAUCCUCUGCAAUGCCACCUCGGACAGAUGUCUCUCUGAACCCUGCCACAAUGGAGCUACCUGCGUGGACAGCAUGGACGACUACGCCUGUAUCUGUGCCCAGGACGGGGUCCGACACAUGGGCAAACACUGCGACGAGCUGUAUGACGCCUGCUCCUUUGCACCGUGCCAGCAAUGCACCAGCACCCCUGGCACCACGGAGUACCACUGCAUCUGCCCGGACGGACUCUCGGGAGAGAACUGCACCGAGGAGGUGGACGAAUGUCAGAGUAACCCGUGCUUCGGACCACGCUCUCUGUGCGUGGACCAGCCAAACGGAUACUUCUGCAGGUGUCCAGCUGGCUACGGCGGACGGGGCUGCGGGACGCGCGUGACGGACUGCAUGGACGACCCCUGCAGGAACAACGGGACCUGCAUGUUACGACCGGACGGCUUCGGAUGCCUCUGCGUGCAGGGGUUCGAAGGGGAGGCCUGCGAACAAGAGGUGGACGAGUGCUCCUCAGAGCCCUGUCAGAACGGGGCCAUCUGCAUAGACGGAGUGGCAGAGUUCCACUGCUUCUGCGUGCCCGGUUUUCAGGGUCACACCUGCGAGAUCGACAUCAACGAGUGCGCUUCACGGCCUUGUGAGAACAACGGCACCUGCAUCAAUGAGAAGGACCAUUACGAGUGUGAGUGCCUGGAGGGCUUUGCAGGAGUCAACUGUGAAAUCGAGAUCGACGAGUGUCAGUCCGGCCCCUGCCGCAACGGGGCCACCUGCCGGGACUUGAUUGCUGCGUAUUCCUGCGAGUGUUCGCCCGGGUUCGAUGGCGUGGACUGCGAAGUCGACGUGGACGAGUGUGCCAGUGACCCCUGCCAGAACGGGGCCGUCUGCCACGACAUGGUGAACAGCUAUGAAUGUGACUGCAGCAACACAGGAUUCCAGGGUGACUACUGUGAUGUGGACAUCCCAGAGUGUGCCUCGGAUCCCUGUCAGCAUGGUUCCUCAUGCAUAGAGGGAGUCAACAAAUACACAUGCUUCUGCUGGCCAGGUUACAAAGGACCAAACUGCGAGAUUGAUAUAGACGAGUGUUCCGAACUGCCCUGUGAGAAUGGCGGGGAAUGUUUUGAGCGCUCAGAUCCGUCUCACUGGGUGCUGGACUGGGAGCUCAGGUUUGAGGAUGCAGCGGGAUACAUCUGCCAGUGUCAGCCGGGGUUUGCAGGCGAGAACUGCUCCGUCAACAUUGACGAAUGUGAGUCAGAACCCUGCCAGAACGGAGGCGCAUGUGAGGAUAAGGUCAACGGCUACACCUGUACAUGCUCUGUAGGAUUUCUAGGUGAGCUGUGUGAGGUGAACGUUGACGAGUGCCAGAGCCAGCCCUGCCAGAACGGCGGCUGGUGUGAGGACGGCAGGGCGUCCUACAGUUGCCACUGUCCCGAGGCGGAGGCCGGUGAGCUCCCCUGGGGGGGCGACCACUGCGACGUGAAACUCCACGGCUGCGUGGACCACGCGUGCCAGAACGGGGCCACGUGCCACCCGUGGCUGGAGGGCGGAGAGCAGGGUCACACGUGCCUUUGCCCUCACGGCUUCUACGACGAGCAGUGCUCCACGAGGACAACAUUCUCCUUCUCCACUGCGCGGUACAUUCACAUCCAGGUUCUAUUAGAAGAAAGGACCCGGAGGGAGGUCGAGCACCACGUGCACCGGGGUUACGGGGUGCAGCUACGCUUCCGGACGACUCUGCCCGACAUGCUGCUCUUCUUCAGAGGGGAUGUGGACAAUCACCUCAUCUUGGAGAUUGUGAAGGGAGGUCUUCGAGCAAAAGCUUUUUCGGAAGAGACUGAACUGGAUGUAACAUUUCCUGGACUGGUCAGCGAUGGAGACUGGCGGGACGCCCACGUGUUUGUCGAUAACAAAGGGCUGGUACUGAUUCUGAAAGGCCAUGGCUGUGACAGGGAUGGAUGUAGAAUUACAGAUGGCGGUGCGGACGAACCACCCUUCCAGCCCUCUGAAGCCUUCACUCACAUGUAUGUGGGCGGAGCUCCAGAGGAGCUUUUAGAGUUGUCUGCCAGCGCUGCAGGCUUCAUUGGAUGUAUGGAAGACCUGAUGAUCGACUCCAAGCCUGUCCUACCGCAAACACUCCCAAAGGACCAAGGCCAUGAGCUGGGAUGCAGUAAGACGGAUUGGUGCAAGCCUGACCCCUGCCAUGGACAUGGACGCUGUGUGGACCUGUGGACCAGCUAUCAGUGUGACUGCUACCGUCCCUUCCAUAGCGAGCGCUGCACUGAAGAGUUCCCGGCAUGGACAUACAGCCACGAAGACACGGUGAGCUUCAGUGUCUACGAUGUCGGGAGGAGACACGAGAGCAACUUCAGUGUGUCCUUCUUCCUGAGGUCGUUGAAGCCAGACGGGCUGCUGUUCCAGCUGAGGAGACCCACGGAAGAAGAGGGCGGAGAGGUAUACUUCUCCGUCUACCUGGGCAUGGGGAGGGUUUUUGUCAGCUCUCUGCCUAACAGCGCCCCACUAACAGCCCCCAUAUUUGUGACCACCGGCGAGAAGCAACUCCUGCAGGUCGAAGUGCACCACAGACAGGUGAUCUUUGAGCACGCAGGCCUUCGCUACGGGAUAGGAGAGAUCCCCGUGGUGAACGUCAACAUUGGGGACCAGGCUUAUGUUGGGGGACUCCCGGGAGACUGGGACUCCAACAUGUGGGGGGGGCAUUACAAAGGCUGCCUGCAGGACCUUCGCUUAGACUCUGUCCAUCUAGAUAUGGAUGCCUGGAACAGCUCGAACCAGGAGGCAGUGUAUCUGCCAAGUGAUGCUGGGAAUGUGGAGAAGGCCUGCGUCAGCGACGAUACGUGCAAGAUGAAGCCCUGUCUAAAUGGAGGAGAAUGCACCAUCACAUUCAACGAUUUCUUGUGUUCGUGUACGCCGGAAUACACCGGAAAGACCUGCGGAACACGCGUGUGGUGUGUGAGCCAUCCUUGUGUCAAUGGUGGCUACUGUGUGGACCUCCCUGAUGGAUAUGAAUGUGUGACCAACGCCACGUUUGAGGACAGCCCCGUGCGCUACAGCGCUGGCGGCUCCCUGGCUGAACCCGUCUCCAGCAUGUACGUGGAGCUGCGGACCCGCUCAGAGAACGCUGUGCUCCUGAGGGCCUCCCGGGGCUCCGACCUGCUCAUGGUGGGUCUGCUGGAUUCCUCGGUCCGGGUGGAGAUCCACACCGGCAACAGCGUCGAGGCACUGGCCUUCACGGGGGUGCGCCAAGUGGCCGACGGGGGCUGGCACCGCGUGAACAUCUCAAUGGCCCAGAGGGGGCGCAAAGCCUCCCCCUGGGUGAUCACCGUGGACGGGAUCACGGACGCCAGCAGCGCGCCGCAGCGCGCGGGAGGCGUCCGCUUUCUCAACGACAAGGCGGCCACGCUGGCCCUCGCGGAGAGCUUCACCGGCUGCCUGGGGGCGGUCAGGGUCGGCGGGGUCCACCUCCCUUUUGUGGACGACUAUAAAGCCCCGCAGCCGUCACAGUUCCACUUGGCCGAAAAGCCAAAGAUCCGUUUGGGUUGCACCAGCGCCUCCGUCUGUGACCCCGACCCUUGCGUCAACGGAGCCACUUGUGAAGACCGCUUUAACCAAUUGGGCUGCGUGUGUCCCCCGGGCUGGGGGGGCGAGCUGUGCGAGACGGACAUCGACGACUGUGCGUCUCAGCCCUGCGUCCAUGGGAGCUGCAAGGACUACUUGGCUGGGUUUGAGUGCCGGUGCCACCCGGGAUACGGCGGCGAGCUCUGCGACGAGGACGUGGACGAGUGUGAGCGACACGCCUGUGAACACGGAGGCACCUGUCACGAUGGAGCCAACAUGUACACCUGUACAUGCCCCAAGGGCUACAGCGGCCCUCGCUGCCAGUGGGACUACCCUCCCAUACAGUGUGGUACAGACGUGCGCUGUGAGAACGAUGGAGUCUGCCGCGAUGGGCCGUGGGGAGCUAACUGCACAUGUAUGCCCGGUUUCACAGGCAGCAGGUGUGAGUCGGAGAUCGACGAGUGUGAAUCGAACCCCUGUCGACACGGCGGCUCCUGUUUGGACCGAUUCAACAUGUUUGUGUGUGAAUGCCCGCCUGGCUACAGCGGUCCAACCUGUGACACUAACAAACAAGCCCACAAACAAGGGGUCCCCUGGUUGGUGGUGGCCAUCCCGCUGCUCUGCUUCUGCGUGUUGAUCCUCAUCAUCGGCUUGACCUUCGUGGCGCUCACGGCGAGGAAGAAGCGCCAGUCUGAGGGCGCGUACAGCCCCAGCACCCAGGAGGUGGCCGGGGCCCGGCUGGAGAUGGACAGCAUGCUCAAAGUCCCACCGGAGGAGAGACUCAUCUGACAGCCUGCAAUCAAGGGUGUGAGAGGGGUCCGGGCGCCGCGGGCAGGACGCUCUGGGCUCCAUGUGGAACACAAUCUGGUGCUGAACCAAGGGGCCGUUGUUGUGGGGACACAGCCACCCCCCCCGCCUGCUGGUGGUGGAACACUAUAGAAAUGAAUGCAUUUUGUUUCUUGACUCUACCUGCUGUAGUUUGUCCCCAGCAGGGCCCUGGUAGUCCUACCUAGUGCAUAGAGGGAAAUGUGAAGAUUAGAUGCCCAGACGCAGGGCUCAGAAGCUGCAGUUCCUCUUCCGCUCUCGGCCAGUAGACGCUGGCUCCAAGAAAAAUUUGAGUGAAAAAGAACCGGCCUUUCUUAUAUGACAAAGAAAGAUAAUUCAUCACUCUCGUUUCACUUGCAAUGUGGUGACCACUGCGUGGUUUUUUCGUCUCAGACUCAGAGCUCUUCAAUUCCUUAUUUGUCCCGCAGCAGGGGAAUUUGCAAAAAAAAAAAAAAUUGAAUCAGCAUUUGUAGCAUUGUUUUCUUUUGCAAUGGAUGAAUGGCCACAACGGCAGAAGCACAGCCUCCAGCUGUUUAUCUCCGUGAUGAUAUGAUAUCUCCUGAUCUUCACGUAGCACGAGCCGACCUCAACGUACCGCUCUCCCUUCCAACAAACAAGCUCGCAUCCUAUGAAACACCACCGACUGCAUCACUGUGGACUGAUGUCGCCAAACUUACACCCGCCUCCCGUCAAUGCUGGAAUGCCAUCUACUGCUCAACAAUGCAGUUAGUUGAACUCCUCCCCCGUUUGACAAUGAGGUUCUGCACGAUGUGGAGGGUGAAGGAGGCUGCAGGACGUUUCUGCUCACACAUGAUCCAACAUGACAUCAACAUAAUGAGGUACUGAGUUCCAGGAGAACCAGAGACACGUGUAGCACCUGAAGGGAAAUGAAGUGAGAAGAUGCCAUCCACCCGUAUGGCAUCUUCUCACUUCAUUAUCUUUGCUCAAGCAUUUCCUAACAUAGUCUUAGGCGUGUGUUGUAAACGUUUUAGCAUGAGACUUGGAUUACACGGACAGGACCGUACAUUUUUGUCUGGAUAUGGUUUUGCGGUUUUUAAAGCUGUCCCUAUUUACUUUUCUAUGUUUCUCAAACAUUUUAUUUACAACAGUUCAACAUUUUGAUAUGCUAAACGGUACUGCAGGGUAGAACUGGAAACCCGAGGGGCAAAAUGUUUGAUUCAGCAUUUGAAGAUCUGGUGGUGCAGUUUACUCCACAAUGAGGGGCCCCUCCCUCUUUGUGUAAAGCCUGUACAUUUUGUAUAUUAAUGCUUAUUAUCCAUGUUAACACUGCGACUAAGGGACUGUCUGCUCAUAUUUAUCCUGGCCUCUUCACAGACAACACUGGUCUAGAAUCAGUACAGAAUCUAUUAAACCCACAUAGGAUGAAGUCAUGUUCUCAGAAGGUAAACAAAGUUUAAAUAAGUAACGUAUGAACAUGAAGGUACUGCAGCACACUGUAAUGUGAUGUAAAGUAAUAGUUGUUGAAACAAACGUUAUAGUUUAGUGGAUAUUUAGAUGCUGGUUGCACAGUUUUUGUACAAAAUGUACAAAAUCCAGAUUGCUUUUAAUGUGUUACUAACCUGCAAUAAAAGUCAUCUGUUGUCAGUCAGGUGGUCCUGGUUCAUAACACAAACAAAAAAGAGCAGUGCUUAGCAUUUUAAUA